UCUUUGCGCAUGCUCAAUGCGCAGCAUAUCUAUCGGAAUAACAGGUAAACUCGUCUGAGCCGUUGAGGGUUGUUCUUGGAGCUAGUGCAGUAAAAUCUGCAAUCAUCCGAUUUUAUAGCGACUUUUCCCGAUUGUGUUUUAUCCAGAAUCUUUCGAGAUAUAUUCGAUAACGCAGUUUAGUUGAGAUUUAUCAGCAGAAGGCAACGAGAGCCGAAAAAAAGUGCGGAUUUGUCUGCUUCCCGGAAUCGCUGCUACCGUUUGACUUAGCUAACGUUAGCUAGCACUAGCAGCACCGAGCCGGGCCCAGGUCGGCCACUUUCCCAGAUCAAGAGGGAAUUUUAGCAUUUCUGUUUUAGUUUUUAUAGACGUAUUUCGGCGUGAUGGCUUGUGGGGCUACACUGAAAAGGACUCUGGAUUUUGAUCCACUAAUGAGCCAGGCUUCACCUAAAAGAAGAAGGUGCGCCCCGAUCAUGUCUCCGGUCUCUUCGCCACAGAAAUAUUUGCGUAUGGAGCCCUCGCCGUUUGGGGAAGUGUCCUCCAGACUCACCACAGAGCAAAUUCUUCACAACAUCAAACAGGAGUACAAGCGGCUGCAGAAGAGACGACACCUGGAUAGUGCUUUCCAGCAGGCAGACAGUGGCUGUCCUCUGGACCUGCAGAGUGCUCACAGUGGAUCUGCUCUACCAGGUACGUCCUCGGGUGCUUCAUCUCCCACCAGGAAAGAGCAGCCUUUAUUCUCCCUCAGACAGGUUGGGAUGAUUUGUGAAAGAGUGUUGAAAGAGCGAGAGGACAAAAUCCGCGAGGAGUACGACGAGAUACUGACGACAAAGCUUGCAGAGCAAUAUGAUGCGUUUGUGAAGUUCACGCAUGAUCAACUGAUGCGACGGUUCGGAGAGCAGCCUGCCAGCUAUGUUUCCUGAGUGUCAGCGUCUGAUAUUUAGGAAUACAAUUUGCUGCACGCUACUCCAGGGACUCGUGGGUCUAGUUGAACUUUUCUCCUAGCUGUGCCAUAUCGCCUCCAUGUGGACUCAGUUUGUGGCAUCCACGUUUGCUGUGUCUACCAGAGUUGGGAGGGCUUCCUGCUGCCAACUUGUUCAAGGACUCUCUGUGACUCUGCCAGUGGCCUCUUAACUGCCGUGUCGAUAUUUAUUUGGCUUUGUUCUGAUGCCUUCGUAAAAGGCUGACUGCCACCAAACACUUGGCCUUUUUUGAUUUUUUUCUCUUUUGUUUUUGUCAGAAUUAGUUAUUUCACAGAGAGGAUGUUAGUUGUGCAGCUCCUCUAUAUGUACAUUUUGAAAAAGGGAUUGAACAUUGACGAGUGGACGAACCAAGACGCCACCAGGAACCGGCAUCUUGGCUUUUUUUUCAGCAUUGAUUUAAACUGUACUGGCAGUUUACUGCUAUUACAUUUGUAUACACUGUAUUUUUUACUUUUUUGCUUGAAUUUUGUUCAUUGUACCAAAAUUUCAUAAUUUCAUUUUUUUUGCUGUAGGUAUAAAGGGGCUUUGAUCCAAGAAAAGCGAACAAAUAAAGUCUUUACACAAAUGUU